AUGUCACAUUUUAUGAUAGUUAUAUUUUGAACAUGUAGUAUGAAUAAAUUGCAAUUAGAAAAAUUGUUAGAGAAAUGUUGGCCUAAGCACUGGCCAUAUGAGCCUUUAUUUAGACGACUUCCGAAACAUUAUUUAUUAAGAAAAUUUGAAUCAGAAAUACGAAAACCUAUUCCAGUUCAUUGGAAGCCAGAUGUUAAUCUUUAUAAAAUUGAUAAAUAUGGAGUCAGAAAGCCUGUAAAUAAUCAACCUAUUAUAUCCUUCUCUCCACCUGCUGCUGAUAAAGGAUUAUGGGGAGGAGAAGAAGUUAUAAAAGGCUAUAAAACUAAUCGUUAUAUUAGAAUUCCAUAUGUAUGGGUUCCAACCAUAUCCCAAAGAAUAUAUUGCAGUGAAAUUCUUCAAAAACAUCUAUUAAUUCAAUGUACACAGAGAACUGAAGAUUUAAUAGAUAAAUUCUUUGGAUUUGAUCAUUAUAUAUUACAAACACAUGAAAUAGAUUUAAAAUCAAGAUUAGGUGUCUCUUUAAAAAGGAGCAUGUUGAUAAAAUUAAUUACCAAACAAAUAACUGAAGAUAAAAAUUUAAAUGAAAAAAUUUAUCAAACAUAUCAGCAUUAUCUAAAAAUCAAUGACAUCAAUUCUGUAGAAGAAGCAGAGUGGUUUGGAUUAACACUUGAAGAGGCUUAUGAAAAACAAAUAUCUUUAGAAAAGCAAAAUCCUAAAAAUCUUCCAAAUCCUUUUAAAAACAUUUACAAGAGAGAAAUUUUAGAAAAAAUAUUGAAUAUACAAGACUCUAAAGAAAAAUAUAUUGCAUCAAAUUAAUAUUUUUAUUAAUAAAAUUAAUUUUAAUCAAUAUCAAAAAAAUUACUUUUUUAUAUUGUCCAUAUUUAGUUUACUCCUGCAUAAUUUUUUUUCUUCUCAAAUCUCAUUGAAGUAAUUUUUAUAUGACAAAUCUAAUCUUUUUUUCUCAUUAAAUUGUGUGAUCAAACCAACCAAUUUUUUAAUUCAUUCUAUAAUAAUAAUAUUCAUUCAAGCAUAAAUAGAAGAAUGGAAUGGAAAUACACCAUUUAUAUUUUUAAGGUCAUUGUCUAUGCCUAUA